AUGGCCGUGCAGCUGCACAUGAGGCCACGAGGGGGAGCUCUCGCUCCAGCUUUGGCACAGCGGCAGGCUGGAGCUCCCGCUCCACCCUUGCCACAGCUGCACAUGAGGCCUCAAGGGGGAGCUCUCACCCUACCUCUAACACAGCAGGCUGUUUUUUCUUUGGAAGAAGCAGACCUGGGACGAGCGCAGUUGGCAGUUGUAGCGGAACAGCAGAUCCCUCAGCCGGUGUUGCGCAGUGUUUACACGGAAGCACCUUUAGGUCCACUAGCAAACAACACUCAGCUGUGGCGAGCGUGUGGAGCGUCAGAUUGGGUGAUAAAGACUGUAUCAAAGGGAUACAGGCUCCAAUUUGUGACAGCCCCACCCCGUUUCAAGGGCAUAGUACAGUCAUACGCUCGGGGAGAGUCCACUCGCGUCCUGCAAGAGGAAAUAAUUUCCCUGCAGCACAAAAGAGACGGGUUUUACUGCAGAUACUUUCUCGUGCCGAAAAGGGGCGGGGGUCUGCGACCGAUAUUGGAUCUGCGGGCUCUGAACACAUAUCUGAGACGGUAUUCGUUCAGGAUGCUAACACACGCAGCUCUGAUAAAGUUUGUGCGUCAAGGAGACUGGUUUGUCUCCAUAGACUUGAAAGAUGCAUAUUUCCAUAUCCCUAUAUACCCCCCUCACAGAAAAUACCUCAGAUUUGCGUUUCAGGGAGAGAUAUACGAGUACCUGGUACUUCCUUUUGGCCUCUCACUGAGCCCACGUGUGUUCGUGAAAUGCACCGAGGCAGCCAUCACGCCUCUGAGGGAAAGGGGGAUGCGUCUGGCGACGUAUAUAGACGAUUGGCUGAUUGCAGCUCAGUCUUUAGAGGAGCUCAGGACGCAUGCCGAGAUGCUUACUUUACAUCUGACAGCCCUGGGAUUCACAAUAAACUGGGAAAAGAGCAUUUUAACCCCAGUACAAACAAUCACCUUCAUUGGCCUGUCCCUGAAUUCAGUCGAGUUCAGAGCGCGCCUCUCAGCGGAACGAGUAAAAGCCUUUCAGGCUUGUCUGGCACUCUUUCGCAGAGGCACACAGGUGAAAUUCAGGUUAUGCAUCAGGCUGCUCGGUCUGAUGGCGUCUGCGCUGGCGGUCAUCACACUCGGCCGCCUACACAUGCGCCCGUUUCAAAGGUGGGUGGCGUCACUCAGCUUGAGCCCCACACGCCAUGCUCACCGCAGCGUCCUGGUUUCUCUCAUAUGUGCACGCGCGCUGAGCCCGUGGAAGCGUCCCGGUUUUCUCAACACCGGCGUUACCAUGGGAACCAUCCUGACGAGGAAGGUAAUUAACACAGAUGCCUCGCUGACAGGCUGGGGAGCCACUCACGAGGGGAUGAUGGUAAACGGCGUUUGGAGUCCACAAACACAGACAGCUCACAUAAAUUGUCUGGAACUCCUGGCCGUGAUGCUGGCACUGAGACACUUUCUGCCCUUUAUCAAAGGGCACCAUGUUUUGGUCAGAGCGGACAACACAACAGUGGUUGCUUACAUCAACAGACAGGGGGGUCUACGCUCACGUCAUUUACACGAGCUGGCAUACAGACUGAUAAUCUGGACCAGCUCACACUUGCUGUCGCUAAGAGCGACUCACGUGCCAGGGGUAAUGAACAGAGGCGUGGAUCUGCUGUCAAAGGGCAAUCCCCGCUACAAAGAGUGGAAACUCCACAGCGAGGUGAUGACCCAGAUAUGGAAGAGGUACGGCCGAGCGGAGGUCGACCUCUUCGCAUCAGAGGAAAAUGCUCAGUGUCCGAUGUUUUUCUCACUGACAGAGCAACAAGCUCCGCAUGGGCUGGAUGCUCUAGCGCACAAAUGGCCGCCGGCCCUACUGUACGCCUUUCCCCCGCUGGAACUGAUCAUUCCUACUCUCGCCAGGGUGCGAGAGGGAAAACACUCACUCAUUCUGAUAGCUCCCUGCUGGCCAGGGAAACAUUGGCUAGCGGAGAUUUUUCAGAUGCUACACGGCGAGCCAUGGCGGCUUCCCCUCCGCAGAGAUCUCCUGACGCAGGCACGCGGAGAAAUAUUUCAUCCGCAUCCAGAGCGCAUGGCCCUAUGGGCCUGGCCUGUGAGGGGUUAAACCUGGCUGCCAGUGGGCUUCCCCAGAACGUUAUUGACACAAUUCAAAAUGCAAGGGCCGUUUCCACGCGUAACGUGUAUGAGGGUAAAUGGCAGGCAUUCGUGGGUUGGUGCGCAAAACCUAUGGUGAGCGUAAUGCAAAGUCCUGUGUCGGACGUUUUAACUUUUCUGCAGGCACUGUUGGAUAAAGGCUUGGCUUUUUCCACUGUGAAGGUGUACCUGGCUGCUAUUUCAGCCUGUCACAUUGUCUUUGGUGACAAAACAGUGGGGCAGCACCCCCUGGUGUGUCAAUUCAUGAAAGGUGCACGACGGCUCCGUCCAGUGUCGAGGAGCCUCACUCCUUCAUGGGAUUUACCUAUGGUACUCGAUGCGUUGUCACGUGCACCGUUCGAACCGUUGCAGCAGGUUGAGCUCAAAGUGCUUUCCUUUAAAACGGUCUU